GGACUCAUCCACAGAGGGUGGCUUCUUUUUGAUGCCCUGUGCAAAAAACAGGUAAAAUGAAAUAGAGAGUUGAAGAAUCCUCAGAAAUACCUGCAUUUGUCUUCUGAGCUUUCAAAAUUUGAUCAAGCAUCCUGAGAGGGGAGAGGGACUUCCAGAUGCCUCACUCUUCCAAGGAGCAGAGGAGUUUGCGUCUUGAACUGAGGAACUGAAGGACAGUCCGCGUGUGGCUGAAGAGAGACAGUGGGCAGUAUUGGCCAAGCAUAUACCAUGUAAUGCCAGCUCCAUGUUCAUGCAUGUCUUUAAACCCGGAAACAAGAAGACUGUCCAUAGGUCUAGACAAUGGUACAAUCUCAGAAUUUAUUUUGUCAGAAGAUUACAACAAGAUGACCCCAGUGAAAAGUUAUCCAGCUCACCAGAGCCGAGUGACGAUGAUCCUGUUUGUCCUGGAGACGGAAUGGGUCCUGAGCACAGGACAGGACAAGCACUUCACGUGGCACUGCUCCGAGAGCGGCCAGCGCUUGGGAAGCUACCGCACCGGCGCCGGAGCCUCGGGCCUCCAAUUUGACGUUGAAACACGACAUGUCUUUGUUGGUGACCUUUCGGGGCAGGUGACCAUCCUCAAACUGGAGCAGGAAACCUGCAGCCUCGUCACAUCCUUCAAGGGCCACACAGGUGGGGUCACGUCUCUGUGCUGGGAUCCAGUCCAGCGAAUGCUGUUCUCGGGCAGCUCGGAUCACUCUAUUAUCAUGUGGGACAUCGGCGGAAGAAAAGGAACGGCCAUUGAACUCCAAGGACAUAAUGACAAAGUUCAGUCUCUCUCUUAUGCUCAGCAUACCCGACAGCUCAUCUCAUGCGGUGGAGAUGGUGGGAUUGUCGUUUGGAACAUGGACGUUGAGAGGCAGGAGACGCCCGAGUGGCUGGACAGCGAUUCCUGUCAAAAGUGUGACCAGCCUUUCUUCUGGAAUUUCAAGCAGAUGUGGGACAGCAAGAAGAUUGGGCUGCGACAGCACCACUGCCGCAAGUGUGGGCAGGCUGUGUGCGGCAAGUGCAGCUCCCGGCGCUCCUCCAUCCCCCUGAUGGGCUUCGAGUUCGAUGUGAGGGUGUGUGACAGCUGCUACGACUCCAUCACCGAGGAAGAGCGGGCCCCCACGGCCACUUUCCACGACAGUAAACACAAUAUCGUGCAUGUGCAUUUUGACGCAACCAGAGGGUGGUUAUUGACUUCUGGAACGGACAAGAUUAUUAAGUUGUGGGACAUGACACCAGUAGUGUCCUGAUGACACCAGCUUGUAUCCAAAAGGCAGUAUUUUCUGAGAACACGGUUGUUGGAACCAGAACCACGUCACCGCAGAAGCCGGAAGUGAGGCCGAGCGGGUGGCAGGGAAGGGAAGGACUGAAUGGUCCAGGGUAGCUUUCAAGUCAUCUGGCGCUUGCAGAGAGACUCUAUAUCGGCCUGUUGAUGCAAUAGCAAAGAAGGUAUUUUUUUAACAAAUGAUUUGUACAAUCUGGCCAAGCGAUGUUGUUUUGG